AUGUUUGUGAACUGGAGGCCCCGCCCUUCGCACAUGCCCAACAUCGGCAAGGCAGUUUUCGAUAAUCAGUGCUGCCUAAGCCAGAGCGCGAAAGAAAGACAGAGAGAGAGGUUUCCUGCCCCAUGCCCUGCAGAAGAAGAAGAAGAAAAAGAAGGUUUCCUGCCGACCUUAAGAAGAAGGCAUGGCAUGCUUACGCGCCGCUGGUCGGAAGGGUCAUGCGGUGCACCUACCAGCCCAAGCGGGUUUCCGGCCUUCGGAGAGAAAAAUGAUGUAAUUCUCGAAGUGUGGGAGGAACGUCACCCAGCAGCCGAGCUACUGACCACGCAUGUGCCGAAGGAAGAGGUGGAUCAUAGUCACCCCGCAGUAGUGUCAGUAUCACGCCGGCAAGGCCAAUGGUCCUUUGAACAUCUCCACGUAUACGGGUGUGCCGCGACUGCGCUGCUGGGGGCUCUGCGCACACGGGGAGAUAAAGCAGAUGGUGCUGCGGGGGGUGGAGAGAUCGAACCAGGGAGGGUGGAGGGAGGAGUUGCGCGAUGGAUGUUUUGUGCCUACAUCGUGCGUGGGAAGUACCCUUCGAAUGCACUUAUCUGGCAUGGCUUGAAGUGGAUGUUGGAUAGCGAGGUGACAGGAGGUCCUGUUUUCGUUGUCCGGGGCAUAAACCAGUAG